UCAGGUGUCUCUUGUGUCUUCUGCUACAUCUCCAUACUCUUUCCUUCCCUGUGGAUGUGGUAGUUUAUGUCAGGGUGCAGCCAUCUCAGAUCCGGUUCAGCUGUCUGCCCAUGUCUCGUGUGGAGUGUAUGCUGAAACUUCCCUCUCUAGACCUGGUGUUCUCAUCCAACAGAGGUGAGCUUGAGCCCACCACCCAUCCAUCUGAGGGACAACACACCCCCUCCUCCACACCUCCAUCGGUCCACAAUGCCAACAGAGUGCCUGGAAGCAAAGGUCCAUCCAGUCCUCCAGGCCGGAGUCGCCACCACAGCAGCCAAUCAGAUCUAACAGGCCCAUCCUUAAACUCAUCAGGUCUGAGCUUUACUGCCUGUAUGUCAGAUUUUUCACUGUUUGUGUUUCAUCCUUAUGGAGCCGGCAAACAGAAGUCUGCAGUUACUGGCCUCCCACCUGGACCAGGACCACUGGGAGUUGACGAGGAGGCCUCCUCAGUGACAGGCAGGAAAGACUCUCUCUCCAUCAACCUGGAGUUUGUAAAAGUCAGCCUUUCCCGGAUGAGACGGACAGGAUGUCCAGCAUUUAUUGAUACUCUCAUUGCCAGCAAGGGUGGGAAGAUGGACACAACUCUUAUCAACAUCUCCGCGGUGUGUGAUAUCGGUUCUGCUUCCUUCAAGUAUGACAUGAGACGUCUGAGUGAGAUUCUAGCAUUUCCCCGUGCUUGGUACCGCAGAAGCAUUGCCAGAAGAUUGUUUUUAGGAGACCAGACCAUUAACUUACCAGCCUCAGGUCCUGCAACGCCAGACUCUGUGGAGAGCAUCGCGCAGCACCUGUCUCCCGAGUCCAGCCGUAAAGCGUACUGGAGGACAUGGGAUGGCAAGUCCACUCAACACCCCUCCUCCUCCGUCUUCACUGAUGCCACACCAAGCCAUGCACACCUCAAAUCACCUGCCACCGGACGUUCACGCAGCGUGUCCGACUCCUCAGCACCGCGCAGAGACUCUGUUACCAAGACCUCCACCCCGUCGUUCCGGAAUGGAAAAGCAGCAGCACAGCAGGGUUCGCCAUGGGAGACGCUGGUGGUGUUCGCUAUCAACCUUAAACAGCUUAAUGUCCAGAUGAACAUGAGCAACGUCAUGGGCAACAAUACUUGGACAACGAGUGGGCUGAAGAGUCAGGGCCGUCUGUCCGUGGGUAGUAACCGAGAUCGUGAGAUCAGCAUGUCUGUUGGACUGGGCCGCUCCAAACUGGAUUCCAAAGGAGGAGUGGUGGGUGGCAACAUUGAUGUCAACACACUCGAGAUGGUCUCUCAUAUUUCAGAACAUCCAAAUCGGCAGCCCAGUCAUAAGAUCCAGAUCACCAUGGGCUCCACAGAGGCCCGGCUGGACUACAUGGGCUCCAGCAUAUUGAUGGGCAUCUUCAGUAAUGCUGACCUGCAACUCCAGGAUGAGUGGAAGGUGAACCUCUGCACGACUGAUUCCAGUCUUUCUGAGAAAAGUGAGAUCUUUGUACAUGGAGACCUGCAGUGGGACAUAUUCCAGGUGAUCAUCUCCCGCUCCACAACACCUGACCUGAUAAAGAUCGGCAUGAAGCUACAGGAGUUCUUCACACAGCAGUUUGACACCAGCAAGCGAGCCCUGUCCACCUGGGGCCCGGUCCCCUACAUGCCUCCCAAAACCCCGGUCAUCAACAUGGACAAAGGAGCAGCUGAACUCUAUAUGGAUGCAGCUCAUCACAGGCAUUGGCCCAGUGUGUUGAAGAUGGUGGCAGGGUGUCACAUUUCCCUCUUCCAGAUGCCUCUUCCAGAGGAUGCUGUGCAGCUGGGGGGCUCCAUGAGUCUCCAUGGCAAUCACAUGACUCUGGCUUGUUUCCACGGGCCCAACUUCCGUUCCAAGUCUUGGGUGCUGUUCCAUCUGGAAGAGCCCAACAUCGCCUUCUGGACAGAAGCACAGAAGAUCUGGGAGGAUGGCUCCAGCGAUGAUUCUACAUACAUCGUUCAAACCCUUGACUUUCACCUUGGGCAUAAUACAAUGGUAACCAAGCCUUGCGGUGCUCUGGAGAGCCCGAUGGCAACAAUCACUAAGGUCACCCGCCACCGCCAUGAAAACCCCCCACAUGGGGUGGCUACAGUCAAAGAAUGGUUCAACUAUGUCACUGCCAUGAGGAAUGAAGAGCUGAACUUGUUGCGUAAUGUGGAUGCAAACAACUCGGAGAGCGGCGCAGCAGCAAAGAGCUCCAGCCUCCUCAGCGGCUUCAAGGGCGCCUCCAGCUACAACCAUGAAACCGAGACCAUCUUUGCCCUUCCCAAAAUGCAGCUCGAGUUCAAAUCCAUCCACGUACAAGACCCUGAGGAACCUUCUCUCAGUGAUGCCAGCAGUAAACCCAAAGUGGAGUGCAGUGUGGUGACCGAGUUCACCGAUCACAUCUGUGUUACCAUGGAUGCAGAGCUCAUCAUGUUCCUGCAUGACCUGGUGUCGGCAUACUUGAAAGAAAAGGAGAAAGCUCUCUUCGCGCCGCGCAUCUUUGCAUCUCGACCCGGUCAGAGGAGCCCCACGGCGCAGCAGGACGAGGCCUCGUCAGAGAAGAAGGAAAAUGAAGAGGGAGUGAACUACACUACAGUGGACUGGAGAGAGUUCCUCUGUAACACAUGGCAUCUGGAGCCCACACUACGGUUGAUCUCGUGGACGGGCCGUAAGAUCGAUCCGGUGGGGGUGGACUACAUCUUGCAGAAGCUGGGAUUCCACCACGCCAGGACUACAAUUCCCAAGUGGCUGCAGAGAGGAGUGAUGGACCCGCUGGACAAAGUUCUGUCCGUUCUCAUUAAGAAACUUGGCAUGGCACUGCAGGAUGAGAAAGAGAAGAAAGGCCAUAGAGACAAAGAGGAGCAUUAACUCGAAACACACUAAUGUAUUGAUACAUUUCCGCUUAUCUGGAGCCAUCCAUGUGAAUUUCCUUAUUUUUUUUUUACCUUGUCUGAAACCACUGGAUUUAUUGCAAACUACUGUACAGCACAGCACACACAUAUUAGUCACCGCUAUAUUGUGUGAACAUUCAUGUUUGCCUUGGUUUAUAUGGCCAUAGCUCUUGGAAGACUGAAAGUUUUUUUUUUUUUUUUUUUUAAUUUUCAGAUCACCGAGACAUGAAUAGCUGCUGCUGAAUGCCAUUUGGACUUUUACCAUGAAUUAAAUGCACUUAUACAUCACUGACACUAACAAAUGAGCAGUGAUCUUAAGCUACAGUAUACAGGUGUGCUCUUGAAAUCAGUUUACAUGAGUUCAGAGGAGCGGUGUGCAUCUGGUGUUCUUUCUCUGAGCUGAUGAAUAUACUGUUGACUAUUGCCAAUCAGGCUUUUUAAAUAGUUUUAUUCAACAUUUUAAGAGCAAACGAUACAGGUAACCCCUGACCGGGUGGUAAAGUGUUCUUUAAGCCAGCAGAGGACUUGUGAACAUCCCGAAGCCUAAUUAUUCCUUUGAGAGUGACCAAAUUUUCUGAUGCCUGGUUCGCAACACAUUUCGAGGGACGAUAGAGUAGAAAUGCCUCAGAUAUUCCUGUGAAUACAUCAGAACUUCAGACUGUGCGGUGUAAUGUGAACUGGCCUAUAAAGCAAGGCUCGAACUCAAAUAGACAAACAAAAUGUAAAUAUCUUAAAUGCAGUUAUUACCUAUGUUAGGCCUGUGGUGAUAUUUUUUCCUUUUUUUCUUUUUCAUGUGCAAUAGACCAUUGUAUAUACAGAGUUCAAUAUGUUCAAUGUGCUGAUUUCUUAACCAAAUUAAAUCAUUACUACUAAAAUGAAAGU